AUGACGUCGCGGCCGUCUAAACAAUUUGCAAGCUCACUCUCAAUCAGUUCAUCAGGAGGAAACCACACAUCAAUACUACCGACCCUGGUUGCUCGAGGCGCGCAAGGUGGUCAAGCUAGAGUUCGGCGAGUAGCGCGAACGCGGCCACAUCAGACCAGAUUGAUAUCAGAAAGAGUCAGGGAAGCACUUUGGAACGCGGCCAACGACUCGUCCGCCACCGAAUCUUUCCGUUCCAUCCCAUCGAGGAAUCAGACCGGCCAUUCUGCACUAGAACAGUGCUCUUUAGAAUCGACGACUCCGUUUGCAAACUUCGACGAAGGGAUUUUCACUUCUUCAUGCUCGGAGACCUCAAACGUUGACGCUUCUACGCUUCCCUCGGACCCACUUGUUCACCAUUUCGGGGUUCGGUCUGUUGCGGCACAGGAUCUCUUGACUCAACAGUCUGCGGAUGCACAAGCGAUGAGCGCAUUGGGCUUUAUUCUUCCAACAAGCUUCGACCAAAUGGAUCCAUACACAUCAAACUACCAAUCUCAUCACUAUCUUAGUGGACACUACUCGGCAGCAGACCAGAAUCGGACAUUAUCUUCAGCAAGCCAUGCGUCCGCUCCCAUUACAUCUGCAUACGCAGCUACUCCCCCCAUGACUGCUAGCAACCCAGGCUCUCCAGACCCAAGAACUAUGUCAACGAGAGAACGGUCCCAAUCUUAUCACUCUGCAAUAACAAGCCCUUACCAAACCGCCCACCCCUCUCCACCGGCCGGUUACUCAACUUUGGGCUAUGCGCAACCUGUUCAUCCUGCUGUUUCUCCGCAUCCCGCAUAUUCUAACCUUGCCAGUCAAGUUCCCGAGCCGACUUCUUACGGGACAGCAAUGGCUGGAUCUUCAAAUGGAUACGCAGCAGCAAACUAUCCAUCGGGCUAUGAAGCCCUUCCGACCGCACCAUCAUUCUAUUCCCCCCACAGCGUGAUCCAUCCAGGAACCCAAACCUCCAUCCCGGCAUCCUACAUGGCGAGCACAGGCGAGCACACCACUUCUUCAGCGGCGAGCAGUGACGAGCCCGUCCGCAUCCUCCACUCACGUCCCAAACCGCAGUGCUGGGACCACGGCUGCAAUGGGCGCCAAUUUUCCACCUUCAGCAACCUCCUCCGCCAUCAGCGAGAAAAAUCCGGCACAGCAUCGAAAUCGAAUUGCCCGCGAUGCGGCGCGGAGUUUACGAGGACGACCGCUCGGAACGGGCACAUGGCCAACGAGAAAUGCAAGCGGAGGCAAAAAAGCGGGUCGGAGAUCGACGAGGACUGA